UCUCUCCCAUCAGCCCCAAAUCAAUCCAGGGUUUUAGCGCCAUCCUCCCUUCUACUAAAUCCCUUUAUCUGUAUUUGAGUUUCCAUAACCAUGGAGUCAAUCCCAGGGGAACCCCAAAUAAAUCAUCAGUUUAAACAUUUGAUCGGCCAAAACCAUGAAAUUGCGCUUAGCCAAUCAAUUCAAACCCUAUUAGACUCUCUCCAUGGUUCCAAUUUUGAAAAGAUCUCACUUUUGUCCGCAGAUUUUAAGAUAUUAUUACAAUGUAAAACCAACCCAUCUCUUGAAACCAUCUGGGUUUACUCAGCUUUAGCUUUUCACCACCUCAAUUCAUCCAAAAAUGAGCCUUUGAAUCAAUUUGCAGCAAUAAAAGACUUGUUUCAGCUCAUAAUUUCUUAUUCUGCCAGCUGUAGUUCUUUGAAAAGCAUUGUUUUGAUGUCGCCUGUAAUUUAUCACGUGCAUAAAUUUGCUGUAGAUUCGAAGGGUUAUGAUUUGAGGUCUAAGAAAGGAAAGAAAUUGAUGAAAGAGAUUAAGGGCUUGGUGGAUUCGAUUCUGGGAUAUAUAAAUGUGUGCUGCGAAGCUCUGGAGGAUGAUUUUGAUGGUUUGGAAGGCUUGAUUAAGCCGUUUGAGGAUUUAGUUAGUAUUUGGAUUUGGAAUGAAAAUAAAAAAGACAGGCUUAGGCUGUUUUUUCCACUUCUGGGGGAAGACUUAGUUGAAAAGAUUAGCGUUGGAGGGUGUGAAUUGAAUGAACUAGCUGGUUAUGUUAUUGCUGAGGUGUUUCUUUUAAAGCUCUGCUUGGCAUUUCGUUGUGGGAAUUCAGGAAAGGAAUUACAGAAUGAGCUAAGAAAUUGGGUGGUUGGUUCUAUUACCGGGCUUCAGAAUUCUUACUUCUUUGAUUCUUUAUUGAGGAUGCUGCUAGGACCGACUUUGCCUGUGACCUUCCUACUGAUUUCUGAAGAUGAAAAAUCAUUGAGAAAACUCUUGUAUGAGCCUGUAAUAUUAGUUGAAUACUCUUUUCUUAGUCCUGAUAGAUUGGCUCAUUUGCCUGCCAAUCAUGCCAAAAAUAUUGCAUUGGGAAGAUUGAUGGUUACACACGAAGCAAUAGAAUUCUUCAGGAAACAUGGGGACCAUACUAAAGCACUUUCUUGUACAAAUGCAUUUUCUACUUCUAGCUUACCAUCUGAACUAACGAAAUGGGUCAGGAGUGAGAUAGAUGUCAAUGACAACAACAAUGGACCAAAUGGUUCAUCACCAAAAGCAUUUUUAAGAUGGAUACUUGACAGAGAGAAUCAAGGGAUUCAAAUAUUUGAUAAUGACAUGUCAAGUUAUCAUGCCAAAUUGAUACUUGAUAAUUCGGAAGAAGAUUUCAAUUUGUCAGUUUACAAGGAGAAUAAGAAAACAGAUGCCGAUCUUUUCUUUUACAUUGAUAACAAGGGAGAUGCUGAAAAUGAAGUCAAGAAAGAUGAAAAGAUGACUGAAGCUGUGAGUGCUGCAUUUGUGGCUGCUGCCCAGUCGCUGCAGUCAGCUGAACAUGGAGAGAGGAAACGUAAAGGUGGAAAUAUGAAGAAGAACAAUCGGCUAAAAUUUCUCAAGUAUGACCUUUAUGAAGGUUCUGCUCCAUCUGCAGCAAAGCCUGCAGUUGUUGAUGAUAAUGGUUUGAGUAGUGGAAGUGAUGUUGAGAAUCCAUCCUCUGAUGAAGACGAGAACUAGUGGUCUAGUGGCGCAAUAAGGGCUUCGGAGAAAGAUGGAAGUCUCUAAAGGAUUCCAGAGAACACUGAAUGGAACUGUAUUUGUGAACCCGUUACCCUGUAUAUGAGCAAGGCAUGUGGUGUGGAAUGUACAUUGCCCGGCAAAUGAAGGGCAUCAUUGGCAGAGCUGCUUCACUUGGACGAAAAGGUCUGGUUUUUAAGCGCAUCCUCCAGGAGCUGGUGCUGAAGUAAUUAGUUUUUUUUUUUGACGGAAAAGCUAUAGGAUGAUUUCGUUGUAGUUUCCAUCUUGCAGCAUGCAUGGUACAAGUGCCUGAAUUGUUUAGUUUUCCAUUUGGUCGAACGCUUAGUCCUGUGACGAUAUUAUUUCUGUGACGAGUCAUUUGAUGUACUAAUUUUACGGAAUGAGAAGCCAAGCAAUAUG